AUGGGGUUAGACGCGUACGAGAAGCUCCAUCAGGACAUUUACAGAGAAGUAUACUCAAAGCUCGAGAGGAAAGAGAGUGAGGCUCUUCGCUUUGCACCUGUUGGCACGGCCGAGCAAGUCCUCAACACUGAGAGUCUCAGACGCUUUUACGACAGUCUUCUUGAGCCUGGGCACUUUACAUUGGACAUCUCCAAGGAGGACUUCGUUGCGCGCAUUAAGGAACGCGAACUUCCGAGAUUCUUCGCGGUUGUCAUCAUUUCAGGGUGCUCUAUUACGGCAGCCAGAACUGCCGUCUUGAAACUCGUCGCCAGCGAGACCACAGAGGCAGCGGGCUCCAGAGAGCUGAGCAUUUGCACUCUACCUGUCUCGCCGCACAACCUCGACACAUUGUUCAAUCAAGACACAAUUGCUGCAGACAAAUUCUCUGGCAAACAGGCCUACUUCUGUCCCGUGAUCUUCCGCAACAAACACGAGCAAGUCGAAGACAUUGAACACCGACGUCUCCCAUACCUUGAAGAGCACAGUAUCGGGAAAGGGAGUUUUGGUCGUGUAUUCAAAGUUAAAAUUGCGAAGGGUCACUUUCCUGGCCUAGGAGAGCAAAGCGGGGAUGGAGAGCCUCUAGAGGUCGCUCGCAAAGACUACGAACUUAGCAGCGAUGCCUCAAUUGAACGAGAGAUCAUGGAAAAAAUCCUCUCCCGCUCCUCCGGUUCAGGCUUCUGUCCAAACAUCCUGAAAACUCUGGGAAGCCUCGAGUUUGGUCGAAACGUUUACAGUCUUUUCAUGCCCCUGGCACUUUGUGACCUCUGGGAGUACAUGACGGAAAACCACGAAGCGCGACCUAACAGCAUUGAGGAGCGGAAAGACUUAAUCCGCUGUGCUAUGGGCCUCGCAGAAGGGCUGCGCUUUCUGCACGAGGGGAUGGGAGAUGAUUUGGCCUGUUACCACAUGGAUCUCAAACCUGCUAACAUCUUGAUUUUCAGAGAGCGGCCAACAGAUCGAGAACCAUUCUGCAAUAUCUGGAAGCUUAGUGACUUUGGGAUGUCGCGGAUCAAGAUCAGAACGCGAGAGAAAGACGUGAAUAGAUGGUUUGUUCGACGCUCCCAACCGGAUCGUGGCUCCGCGUCAGGUACUCGCAAUGCGCGCGGAGAAGGAACGUAUCUAGCGCCCGAGUCAGUGGCGAGGGGGCGUAAUAUGAAGGCUGAGAGUGACGUUUGGUCGCUAGGCUGUGUUUUGAGUGUUUUACUGUGUUACAUGGGAUCAGGAGGUAAGGGGGUCGGCCAAUACGCGGCAGAGAGAAGGAAUCAUGCCGACGCCGUCCAGUACGAUACAUUCUUUCUUCCAAGUCGAGGAGCUCUGCCUGCGAGAAUCAACCCAGUCGUCACCAGAACACAUACACAACUCAUCCAAGCAGCGAACGACUGGAAUCAUCUGGAGGGAGAAAUUUUCUUUCGCGUGCUAAGAUGCGUCGAGAACGACACCUUUAAGGUGGACCAAAGCAAGCGAUGUUCUGCGAAUGACGUGAAAGAAGUUCUGUCCGCCGCGUUCAUUGACUACUGCAAGCUGGAAGAGUCUGUUCAGGGUGUACCACCAGGUCGUCCUCUAGAGAAGGACGGCGAAGACCGAAGGCGCAGGCGCAUAUUCAGAACCGAUCCCUGUGAUACAGACGUCGACUUUUGGUGCCUCUCUGACGUUGAGGCCGCGAAGGGCUGCCAAAUAUCCCCGGACUCUUCGCUCGUAGCCUACUGGACGGAUCGCGAGAUUUCUCUGUACUCGGUAGAUUCUCUUUCUUUCGCAGUUGGAAACGUUAGACAAUCACAACAAAAAUACACACUGGAAAGCCAAAGCUUCUACUGGAGAAGCAUUUGCCUAACAGAAAAAUAUCUGGUGGCUUCUACUACUGAACCUACGUUUCAUUGCUACAUUUUCGACCUUGGAGACCGCAACCUCACCAACCCAUACGAGGUUGAGCAACCAUGGCCAGCAAUUAGCAAGCUCGCAAUCUCACCAGAUAGCGGUACCUUUCUUUGCAUACUCAAGGCUAGUGACACUGCGGGGAAGCCAAGUUCACUAUUUGCUGUCCCAAUCCUGAGAUUAAUACGCAUUGCAAAACAGCUAAGGUCCGCCAAUGGAGACCUCUGCCAGCAGUCUUCCGCAAGUCAUUUGCAUAACCCUGCCUCAACCGGGUGGGACUACCCUUUGAGUUGGGCAGCCGAGGACAUUACCAGACUUUGCUUCCAUAAUGAACGUCAUAUCUACUUCGUCGUUUUACCCCCGCUGAUGCCAAUGGGUGGAGAGAACCAGGUUCAGGUCGUUCACGUUGAUCUGCGUGAAAAAGAUGUGCAUAUUCUGAAAGUUGAGUCCCAGGGUCUUGACAGUACCGCCCGUCUCCUCACGACGUUCUCACCGUUCAGUCAUGCAAGUACUACUUGUGCUGUGGUAAUUCAUGAACGACAAUUGUAUAUACACGACAUGAGAGGAGAAGGUCAUACUACCACCAUCAGAAAAGAUAUCAAAGGCUACCGCCUAAGGAAGGUGAUAGUGUCCGCCAAUGAUGCAAAGCUGUUCUUGUUGGCGCGCAAAACGGCAAAUCAUCGAAUGGUCCUACUAGAGAUGAAAAUACCUCACCUCCGCCCUCGCGAACUUGGAUUCCUUCCACAUCUCUCAGAAGACGAUCACCUUACUCUAAUGCUCUACGAAGCCAAUGGGGAAGAAUGUGUUAUAAUCGCCGCACUGGCCGGUAAAGGGCAGCCAGGGAUCUAUAAAUUUGGGGUGAACAGCAGGAGAAUCAGAAUGUUAUUGGAGAAUGUUAUUGGAGUAGGAAUCGAGAACCGCGACAGCUAG